CAGAUCAGUUUAUCAGAAUGAGUCAGGAUUUCUAUCUCCGGUAUUAUGUUGGACACAAGGGGAAGUUUGGACACGAGUUCCUCGAGUUUGAAUUCAGGCCUGAUGGCAAGCUUAGGUACGCCAACAACUCCAACUACAAGAACGAUACAAUGAUCAGGAAGGAGGCCUUCGUUCAAAGCAAGGUGAUAAACGAACUCCGAAGGAUUGUCGAAGACAGUGAGAUCAUGGCUGAAGAUGACGCACUCUGGCCGCAGCCUGAUCGUGUUGGCCGGCAGGAGCUCGAGAUUGUGAUUGGCGACGAGCACAUCUCAUUCACGACCAGCAAAAUCGGCAGUCUCGUCGACGUCAACCAGUCCAGGGACCCGGACGGCCUGAGAUGUUUCUACUAUCUGGUUCAGGAUCUCAAAUGUAUUGUAUUCUCUCUGAUUGGUCUACAUUUCAAGAUUAAGCCUAUCUAAACUCCGAAACCGACCACUACUCUACUCAAACUCCACCGUUUGCCUCAUUAACUCUUGUGUAACUCAAACUCAAGUUGAGUCUCUCAACUGUUUAUUUCCUGAGAACAUUUAAAAAAUCUUUGUUUUUUAGUUUUCAAUUUUUUUUCUGCGUAAUGUGAGUUGGAGUCUGAAAAUCCAUUUUUCAGA